CAGGGGGAUGUGGGCAAUAAAGGCUCAAAUAUUGCAUCAACCACAAUAGGCAGACAGGUUCACUCAGAAGAUUCAGUAAGGUGGACGGAGCUUUUUGAAGAAAGAACCAAGCUUUAGAGGUGUAAGGAGAACUUGUAUGCUGGUGUUGGAAAGCUGCAGUUUUCAUUUUUUCAUUUAAUAGCCAAGACAUCCUUGCUCGUCAGAUUCAGAAUCAACUGAAAGAAUUCCAUUAGUGGAAUUUUGAGACAAUUUAAGAGUUGUUACUUGUAGAGGAGGUUGAAGCAUCAGUGUCAAAAUGUGUUCAGGCGGCUUUGCCAAGUGUCUGGGGAUCAGUCUGAUGCCUCUGGCAAUAGUGUGUGUGCUGUGUAACAUCCUGCUCUUCUUCCCUGGUGGAAAAUCUGUGGAGAAGGACCAUAUCACAGAGCAGGUCUGGUACUUUGGAGGCAUUCUGGGAUCUGGAGUGUUGAUGAUCUUCCCUGCUCUGGUCUUCCUGGGUCUGAAGAACAAUGACUGCUGUGGUUGCUGUGGCAACGAAAGCUGUGGGCGGAGAUUUGCGAUGCUGAGUUCCAUACUGUUUGCAGCUGUGGGUGUUGUCGGGGCUGGUUACUCAGUUAUAGUUUCUGCUGUGGCCAUAAACCACGGACCUGAGUGUGUGAUUGACAUUAAAGGCGCAGACAAGCAAUGGGGCACUCCCUUCUCUAAUGGUAACUACCUGUCCAACAACAGUAUAUGGGAGACUUGCAUAGAGCCGGCUGGCGUGGUGUCCUGGCAUCUCUCUCUGUUCUCUGUGCUGCUGGUCAUGGGUUUAAUCCAGAUGGCACUAUGUGCUGUGCAGGUGGUGAACGGCCUGCUGGGAUGUCUGUGUGGUGACUGCUGUGGAGGGAGCGAUGGAGCCGUCUGAGAACUUCCUACAGCUGUGAGGGUCAGCAGGCGGCUUCUUCUUGUUUUUAUUCUGUUUCUAGAGGAUGACAGUAGUUUCUUGCUUCAUGCCAUAGCUCUAAGUUGUUGCAUAAGAGUUCAGCGAUUACAUUGUGUGUACUCACAACACUGGUAACAUGACAGAGCUCUAGUUUAAAGGGUUUCCUAUUUACUCUCUAGCAAACAUGAAUGACAGUAUCUUCUCAUUAUUAAAUCUGAAUGUGCAUUGUUGGCUCUAACACAUUUUCAACUCUAAUGUAUUUAAUGAUUUUCCUCCUGCUGCAUAUAUUUGAAUAUUUUUUUGCCCAGCUAAAUCAGUAAAUAAAUAUCCUAUUGUUGUAUGUAAAAUCAGAUGGGAGCACAAGACAGGAUGAAACCAAGCUAUUGUUUUAAAGGUUGUUUUUUUCUUAUCCAGUCAAACUUACAUAAAGGCAGCAACCUGUUGGAAAACAACCUUUUAGAAAAAUAGAUGCUGCAUGACUGCCCCCUGCUGGGCAUUAUGGUAUUGUAAGCACGAGUCCAAUAGUGGUUAAAAGGUCAUA